AUGACUGGAGCAAAGAUAAAUAAGAAACUAAAAUCGGAAAACCACUGCAAGUACUGCAAGAAAACAAUAAUAGGGAACAAAUACAAAUUCAAAGCGCACCUUUUCAGACACAACGUUAUCAAAGAACGGUACAAUUGUGGAGUUUGCCUAAAGAAGUUUUUUCGACUGGAUGCCUACAAAGUUCAUUUAGAUAGGCACAACGGUACGGUCGCGCAAAAGACCUACAUCUGCGAUUACUGUGACCGCACGUUCGUUAACAAGAACAAUUUAAUCACCCACCUGAAGAGAAUUCACGAUGAAAACAUAGAUUCUGAACUCGGUAUGUUCACAUGCAAAAUAUGCAACCUUGGUUACUGUGAAAGACGCUUGUUAGAGUAUCACAUACGUAAAGUCCAUUUCAACAUUAAAUUCAGUAAGGAGCCAUUGCACACCAACAAGUUGAUCAACGAAACGUGGCUUGAGAAUGUUGUUAACAAGAACGCAACAGUGAGUAUCACGAAAGUGAACAACAAUGUUAUUGUUAUUAAACAGUUGAAAAUUGAUGUUAAAGUCAAACAUGAGAAACCAAACAGAAUGGAGUAUAAACAAGACGGUAACGAUCAGUAUUCGAAGGGAGUCUGCGAUUAUUGCAAGAAGGAGAUGGUAAAGAAGAGUCUUCGAUUGCAUAUCAAAGAGGUACAUAUGAACAUCAGAAGGUUUAAAUGUGAUGUAUGCAAGGAGACCUUUUCAAGGAAUUACCAGAUGGUUGAUCAUAAAUGCGGGAGUUUUAAGAGCUACAAGAAGAUAAAGGUCAUGAAAGCAAUCAAAAUUAAUAGUUAA